AAACCCAAUAAUAUAUUUUUUUUUAUAUAUAUUUUGGAAAAAAAAGCAACGAAAAUGAAACGAAAGCUGCUGCUGCUGCUGCAUCUGCUCUUCUUCUCCUUCUUCUUCUUCACUCAGUAGAUCCCUCUUUCUUACUCACUCACACGAGUGGAUAGCCAGCCAGCCAGUGCUCCCAUUCUUUUUCUUUUUUUUCUUUAUGGUGCUGAGUCAACUCGGGGUGAGAUAUUAUGGGUUGUUGCCAAUCUUCUUUGUUCAAAGCACCAAUCUCCGAUGACAGUAAAAACAAUCAACAGCAACAGCAAAAUCAACAGCAACAACCACAGCAUGUACGAAUUAAUCAUGCUUCACGGCCAACAAACGGAACGGAAACAAGCGGUGGUCUUGGAGGUGGUGGUGGGGUGCUGUCUUUCACGGAGUUCUCAUUGGCUGACCUGAAAGCUGCGACGAACAACUUUAGUCCCGAUUUUAUCGUGUCUGAAAGCGGUGAAAAAGCGCCAAAUGUUGUUUACAAAGGACGGUUACAGAAUCAUGAUAACAAUAAUAAUAGAAGUUGGAUCGCUGUCAAGAAAUUUACCAAACUUGCCUGGCCUGAUCCCAAACAGUUCGCUGAUGAAGCGUUGGGUGUUGGGAAAUUGAGGCACAAAAGGUUAGCGAAUUUGAUUGGUUUUUGUUGCGUCGGAGACGAGAGGCUGUUGGUGGCUGAGUAUCUGCCAAAUGAUACCCUUGCAAAACACUUAUUCCACUGGGAAAACCAAACUAUUGAGUGGGCAAUGCGUUUGAGAGUUGCACUAUAUAUUUCUGAAGCUUUAGAUUAUUGUAGUUCUGAAGGUCGUCCUCUGUAUCAUGACUUGAAUGCUUACAGGGUGCUUUUUGACGAGAAUGGAGAUCCCCGGCUUUCAUGUUUUGGAUUGAUGAAAAAUAGCAGUGAUGGAAAGAGUUACAGUACAAAUCUUGCUUAUACACCUCCUGAGUACCUACAAAAUGGAAGGGUCACUCCAGAAAGUGUCAUCUUCAGCUUUGGGACUGUCCUUUUGGAUCUUCUUAGCGGGAAGCACAUCCCUCCUAGUCAUGCUCUUGAUAUGAUUCGAGGGAAGAACAUUCUUCUUUUAAUGGAUUCUCAUUUGGAGGGAAACUUUUCAACUGAAGAGGCGACUGUGGUUUUUGAUCUUGCCUCACAAUGCUUGCAAUAUGAACCAAGGGAGCGACCAAAUACCAAGGAUCUUGUUACAACGCUUGCACCUCUGCAAAACAAACCUGAUGUUCCAUCCUAUGUGAUGCUGGGAAUUUCUAAGCAUGAAGAAACAGCACCACCUACCCCACAGCACCCGCUCUCUCCAAUGGGUGAUGCUUGUACACGGAUGGAUCUCACAGCUAUCCAUCAAAUAUUGGUAAUGACACACUACAAAGAUGAUGAAGGAACCAACGAGUUAUCUUUCCAAGAGUGGACACAACAAAUGAGAGAUAUGUUGGAGGCUAGAAAGCGUGGAGAUGUAGCAUUUCGUGACAAAGAUUUUAAAACUGCUGUAGAAUGUUAUUCUCAGUUUAUAGAUGUGGGAACAAUGGUAUCUCCAACUGUUUAUGCCCGGCGUAGUCUUUGCCAUCUCCUAUCUGAUCAACCAGAUGCUGCUCUCCGAGAUGCGAUGCAAGCACAAUGUGUCUACCCUGAUUGGUCUACAGCAUUUUACAUGCAAGCCGUUGCCCUUGCCAAGCUUGACAUGCACAAGGAUGCAGCUGACAUGUUGAACGAGGCUGCUGCAUUGGAAGAAAAAAAGCAACGUGGUGGUAGUGGUGGAAGAUGAUCUCAAGAACACGACUCUGUAUUAUUCUUUUGUAAUCAGAUCAAUCAUUGCAGUUCUUGUAUAAAAAAUGUGGGUUUGAUGUGGAGAGGGAAUUUGAAAUGUUGUUUUUGCCCAAA